AUGGAGACGCUGCCGAGGGAUUUUUCGGGGGACGAGCGUUCGGCGGCGUCCGCGCUGCACGAGACGGCGUGGGCGCGAGAGGAGACGCUGCGGGAGGCGUUCUACGCCGCGUGCGAGAGCGACGCGCCUCUGUGUCCGGCGAUGUAUUGCCCGACGCGCGCUGUGGCGACUUUGGUGGACGAUUCGCGAGACGGCGGGGGGGACGGCGACGCCGCGGCGCUGCGCGUGGCGUUCGCCAUCAACGUGCCGUCUUGUAGCUUUGAGUUGACGCCGAUUCAUCCGCCUCGAUUGGCCACAAACGACGCAUCCGUCGCCGCGCAAGCGCGCGCGGCGAGCGGCGACGAAAGCGGCGCGACGACGGGUUUCGUGACGUUGGAUCGCGCGCGGCGCGUCGUCUUCCUGAGCGAAGCCGCGCGCGGGACGGAAGACGAGCCCAUCACGGGCGUUUGGGUUCAAGGAUCAAAACGCGUGGACGACGCCGCGACGUGGGCGGCGUGCGUGCGCUUCGCGUGCUCGGAACACCUGAACAAGCACACGCAGCGUGGGAAGUUUUUGUGCGCGCGUCUUUUCGCCGGAUCGAGCGCACCCGCGUUUUACGAAGUCAGCGCUUCGCAUUCGAGCUCGCCGUUCGUUCCGUACGGUGUGGAUCUAAUCGUUCGCCCGGGUGAGCCAGCCGAGGCGCGGGCGACGCCGAUAGACGAAGGCGUGGUGCCGAAUUACUACCGCGUUCGCCCGCAAGAGUACGGCGCCGAGCACUACGGCUUCGUCGAAGACGGCGACGGCGAGGAAGAAGACGCGACGGAAGAAGACGACGGCGAGUACGACGACUACGAGGAGGAAUACGACGAGGAGUACGAGGAAGAACGCCGGCAACGCGCGGCUCAAAUGGAAUUUCUUCAACGCGAAAUCGAUUCGCUUCGGGAAGCCAUCGUAUCGGCGUCGUUCGUCGACGGCGAAGAAGAAGACGAAGACGACGGCGACCGGUAUCAAGUCAUUCGCCGUCGUAAUUACGUCGACGACGAGGAUGACGACGACGUGAGCGCCACGGUGCGUCGUCUGGCGGAAGAUUUGAGCGCCGACGUGCGCCGAUCGCGACUCGAAGUCGCGACGGCUUCGGACGAGUCUGAGGACGGAGACGCGCGAACGCGCGCGCUCGACGCGCCGUCGUUCGACCCGAAAGCUUUGGGAUACGUAAAGUUACCGACGGAUGAAGCGCAAGCCGAGGCGUACGACGACGCGCUUCGACUCGUCGACGAAGACAUCGCGCGUCUCAGAGCGCCGAGUCGCCUCGCCGACGACGGCGACGGCGCGCUUCGCGCCGAGCCGCGCGCCGCGGUCGCGCGCGACGUCGAAGAAGAGGACUAUUUCCCGAGAAUCAAAUACGACGUCUCGCUCGAGCGCGACGACGACGACGACGACGGCGACGACGAAAUCAUCCGGCGUUACCUCGCCGCAUACGGCGACGACCUCCUCGGCGCCGCGUCUUCGGUGUAA